GACUUCAUUGCCUACGGCCUGUACACGACGGUUGUGUGUCUGUCUCUAAUGGAUAUGAUCUAUCUGUGAGUGGCUUAUCCCAAUACCUAGUUCGGAAACAGACCCGCCGGUCCCAAUAUCUUCGUAUCCACAACUACCUAGAGGUACACAUAAGCGGGUUCGCAGUACAUUUCCUCUUUCUCUACGUGUUCAAAACCGCAACAAUAUCUCCUCUUGUUUGCAAUUGAAUCAGUGUUUGGCUUGAAGUAUCAGGACUUGCACAAUUCUGCAAACUCCGGACUCCACCUCUUUCGCCAACAGCAUAUCCGCCCCGCCCCCACUAUGAUCCAGUGUGCCUUGCUCGCCCUGGGGGCGGCUAUGCUCCAUACCAGCAACCCAGUGUGGUCAGAAUUUGGCAUUAAGCUCGGUCUUUCUAGCACCCUUGCCGCAACCCUUCACUGGUUUCUUAAAUGGGCGCUCUCCGUGUGGGCUCUUCUCGAAGUGAACUGGACAUUAAACCGCUGGGCCGACAGGCGAUGGCGUUUUUCCACCGACAAAAGCGUCUGGGACUGGAAGCGCGAAGUAGCUGUUGUGACUGGAGGCUCAGCAGGCAUUGGCGCCUGUGUUGUAAAGAAGCUCGUUUCCCAUGGUAUCAGGGUCGCAGUUCUGGACGUUAGCCCCCUGUCAGAUGUCUUUACUAAAGAGGAGCUCGCUCUUAUUCGGUUUUACAGGUGUGACGUCACUUCGCAAGAGAACAUCCACCAGGCUGCGGAGGCUCUACGCUCCGACCUUGGUCAUCCGUCCAUUCUGGUCAACAAUGCUGGCAUCGGGAACGCGUGGAAUAUUCUCGAUAUCCCCUACACCCGUCUCCAGAGCAUGUUCAACAUCAACGUAAUGAGUCAUUGGAUCACUGUGCAAGAAUUUCUGCCAGACAUGCUUAAGAAGAAGAAAGGCCACGUAAUGACUGUCGCAAGUCUCGCUUCCUUUGUCACCGUAGCCGGUGCCGUCGAUUACAGCUGUGCCAAAGCCGCUAUCCUAGCGUUCCAUGAGGGACUUACGCUAGAGUUGAAGCAUCGGUACAACUGCCCUGAAAUUCUGACUUCCAUCAUCCACCCUCACUGGACAAAGUCAGCCAUAACAGCGCACUCGGCCCUUGCAAGUGGAUUGAAGAACCAGGGUGGCCAACUAUUGGAAGCAGACUAUGUCGCCGAUAUCAUGGUCAAACAGAUCGUCGCCGCGAAGAGCGGGCAGAUAUGUCUUGGUCCGCGAUUCGUGUCCAGACUCCGCGCUCUACCUACUUGGCUACAAGAGAGUGUCCGUGAUAGCCAGGCCUAUAUUGUUACCGGCAGUGGCUCAACAGGGAAAGGGUAGGUGCAUUAGAAGUCUUUUAGGUCUGACAGGGAUAAAUUUGGACGGUACCCAGCGGGUGCAACAGACAUAAACGCAUGGGGCUGGAUAUGGAGUUGAAAAGGGAUAUGUUCAAACAGAAAUACGAUACUUCAAUCUCGAGAGUUCGUAGGUAUCGCAUUACUGCGUUAUAUCUCUUUUGUUGAUCUUCAAGCUUGUUUCUAGCAGGCGAGAUUCAGUCUGGCUGGUGCAAUUUGUAUUUCGUGCAGCAGCUUGACUCGGCCAACUCAAUAGACAAUGUCAAGGUUUUUGCAGCUGGCCUAAUAACCAACAAACAAACCCAGGUACCUACAAGGUAAUCUCGCUAACCGAGUUCUAAUAUCAUGCCCCAACGCGA